AUGGCUGCUCUUGCCCCAUCUUUGGCAACUGCGAUUCAAUUCACAUCAGUCCCCGAAGCCAACCUGGACCUUUCGCAACUCGGCAGAAUAGGUGUGGCUGGCGACUUUAGUGGCAUCUCCCUCUAUCAGUUUGAGGAGCAAAAUGAGAAGCCUUACAACACUAACGGCAGCGAGUCGCUGCUUGCACAGCUGCCCAAUGGCGCUUUCGCUUCGAUUGUUUCCUCGGAUGCUUCGAUUCACGACAUGUGCACAUUCACGCUCGAAAACGGAGAGAUGCAAGGAGUGGUAAUUGGCGGUAAUUUCACGAGCCUGAAUGGUACACAGUCGCAGGGUGUCGCCAUGUUCAACCCCAACACGACUGAGAUCACACCUUUGGCUGGUCUUUCAGGUCAGGUUAACGCCCUUCUCUGCGACCAGGCCACCAACACAGUCUAUGUUGGAGGUAACUUCCGCGCUGCUAACUCAACAAACGCUAUCGCAUGGGUCGGCACCGAUGGAUGGACAAACCUGCCCUUUGCCGGCUUCAACGGUCCCGUCACCUCUAUUACCAAGGCAUCCAAUGGUCAUGUUGUCUUUGGAGGCAGCUUCACUGGCUUGGGAAACACCAGCACUCCCAGCACUCCCGAUGGCCAAAUCAUCAAUAUCUCCACUGCCAACAUCACCACAGCUGAGAGCUCCACCACCACCGGAUUCAGCGAUCCUCGCAACAUCAUCUGCAAGACGAGUGGUGCCGACGGCUCUGGCAACACUUGGCUUCUCAAAGAUGGCGCGCAGGGUUUCUGGCAGGCCACCUUCGGCUUUGGUUUCCAGCCCACCAAGCUCAGACUCUGGAAUACCCAUCAGGACGGUCGCGGGACCAAAACUUUCCGCUUCACUGCCUUCCCCCUCGGAGGCAUUCUUAACAUGACCUACCUUGAUCCUGCUAGUGGCAAGAACGUCUCUUGCACGAGUGAGUGCCCUCUCACCGACGACAAGAAUGUCACCUACACCGACUUCCACUUCGUCAACGUGGUUGGCAUGAACCAAUUCAGGAUCGACAUCUCUGCCUUCUACGGCGCUGGCGGUGGCUUGAACGGCAUCCAGCUCUUUGAGGAUGACAUCAACUCGUAUGCCAUCAACGACUUCAACGCCCCGUCCUGCUCUGACAGCGACACUAAGUCUACGGCCACCACUUCCGGACCGUGGUCGAUCUCGCCGUCGCAGCAGAGCAGCUCUCAGUACCUGACCGCUAAGCUUUCUGGCACAAUUUCAGCCAGUUCUGCCUCAGUCACUUUCCUCCCGGAUCUGAAGGAGUCAGGCAAUUACUCGGUCAACUUGUACACCCCGGGCUGCAUCCAGGAUGGAACUUGCCAGACCCGAGGCCAAGUCAACAUCACUGGCAUCAUGUCGUCUACCGGCUCAAACAAGUUCACGACUUCCCUCUACCAGACCAACAACUUUGACAAGUACGACCAAAUCUACUUCGGACCCAUUGACGCAAGCACUGCGGAUGGGUUCAGACCCAGCAUCACCUUAACCCCCUUGGCUGGCCAGUCGCUCGAAGAGAUGACCAUUGUUGCUCAGAGGGUUGGCUUCACUUUGAUCAACUCCACUGGAGGCCUGAAUGGCUUGUUUGACUUUGACCCCAAGUCGGCCACCGUCAACACCGAUUUUAAGAGCUCCCAGAUCAACCAGCUUGGUUCCUCAUUUGCUGCAGGAUCUGCGGUUACCAGCCUGGCAACCUCCGGUGACUUGGUUAUCGUUGGCGGCAACUUCACGUCCAAGGAUGCGCGCAAUGUCAUUGGUAUCAACACUGCCAGCGAGGCGACCAUGGCACUUGACGGUGGCCUCAACGGAGAGGUCAUGUCCAUGAAGUUGAACGGCACUCAGCUCUACGUCGGUGGACAGUUCUCCAACACCCAAGACAAUGCGGUCACCGGCCUCAACAAUGUCGGCGUCUACGACACCUCAGCCAACACCUGGACUGCCCUCGGUGCUGGCGUUAAUGGCAAGGUCUACCAUGUCGUCCCGAUGCUUGUCAACAUUACGAGUGAGGACCAGCCUGAGUCGGUCGUCACGUUCACUGGCGAUUUCACUGAGAUCAAUGCAUUCGGAGAUGACAAGGCCAUCACAGUCUCUGGCUUCGCCGUCUGGGUUCCUUCUCAAAAGAACUGGCUGCAGAACCUCAGUGGCCCCGUCCCGGCCUUCAGCGGUAUCUUGACCACGGGUAUCCUCGAUCUUCCUGGUGGAGGAUCUAUCUACGCGGGAUCAAUGACCUCUGCUACCAUCGCUGCCAACGGAGCUGUUUCUCUGUCCGAGAAGUUUGGUCAGUUCCCCAUCAAGAUCCAGUCUUCUGCCACGAGCACCAGCUCUGUAAGCAAGCGCGACUCGGUUUCCAGUGGCAACAUUACUGGCGUGGUCACUGGUGCCUUCUACACCGACAAUGGUCGUAACAUUACCAUUCUUGGAGGACAUUUCACUGCCGAAGGCGCCAAUGGCUCCACUGUCAACAACCUUGUUCUCAUCGAUGGUUCCAACUCUAAUACCAUCAGUGGCCUCGGCUCUCAGAUCCAGGAUAACUCGACCUUCAUUGCCCUGGCCGUCACUGGUGACAUGCUGUUUGCUGGCGGAGACGUUCAUGGCACCGUCAACAAUGCUGCCGUCCGCGGCAUCAUCUCCGUCAACCUCCAAACGGCUUCCUUCAACAGCACGCAGCCCCCUGGCAUCAGUGGAGGAAACGGUACGGUGACUGAUAUCAAGGUCCGCCCUGACUCUGGCGACGUCUACGUCGCUGGCUCCUUCGAGUCGGCCGGAGCUCUUGGCUGCCCGGGUGUUUGCUACUACGACACCUCCCUUGCGGGAUGGAACCGCCCCGGAGUUAACCUUCAGGGCACCGGUCACGCCCUCAUCUGGACAAGCAAGUCUCAGCUCGUCGCUGGUGGUAACUUCACCCUCAACGGCACGUCUUCCACGAUGCUCGCCAUGUACAGCCCCGACCGUCAAGCAUGGUCUGGUUACCCCGGAGAAGACCAACUCCCUGGUCCCGUCGAGGCUUUGACUGCUGGAUCCAGCGACCGCAGCCAGCUUUGGGUAUCUGGAACCGCGUCGAACGGUUCCAUCUACCUGAUGAAGUACGACGGCUCUACCUGGCACGCCGCCGGAGUAACCCUCGACCCCGGUACCGUCGUCAACAGCCUCCAGGUCUUCUCCCUGACCGAGAACCACGAUAGCACCAGCAUUCUGGACUCAAACCAAGUGCUGAUGAUCACGGGAUCCAUUGGCGUUCCUGGAUACGGUACGGCGUCGGCGGUGACUUUCAACGGUACAGCGUUCAAGCCAUUCGCCCUCACCAUCCACAACGGAAACACUGCUGGAUCGAUUGCAAGGAUCUUCACCGAGAACGAGGACUUCUUCACCGACAAAGCUGGCCACCUAGCUCUAGGCUUCGUCGUCCUCAUCGGACUCGGUAUCUCCCUUGCUCUCAUCUUCCUCAUGGUCAUUGCUGGAAUGGCGCUCGACCGUCUGCGUAAGAAGCGGGAGGGUUACACGCCUGCACCUACGUCGAUGUACGAUCGGGGCGGCGGCAUGCGCAAGAUCCCACCCCACGAGCUUCUCGAGUCGCUUGGCAAAGGCCGUCCAGGCGCACCGCACGUAUAG